AACCAACAUCUGAAUACAUAAAUUCACAUUGAAUUUGCAUUUCAUUGACAAAGCUGUGUUCUUGUUAUUGCAGGUUCUAUAUCUGAGAAACAGUCGCAGGGCUUCCACUUGUUAAUCUGACUGAGAGAAAAAUGUGAUAUUGGAUAUAGAUCGAGUCAAUACUAGAAAAAAGUAUUAAGAGAUUGCUGCAUCACACCCCUUUUAAAAGUAAUAUAAAAGUGGCAGAUUGAGGGUGCUCUUCGGGACCAAACGCACUUCUAGUGGUGUAUAAUAUAAUUACUUUCAUCAGUGAAAGUAAACGGAGUUUAAAUUAUGAGGCACCUAUACUGCAAGUCUAUCUUAAUGAUCUAUUUGGAAAUGAUUUUAAUGGUGUCUUCAAGUUACUCCCUGAUUUCUACCAAAAGAUACUAGAGAUGGGAGACAAUGUUGGAGCAUGUUUUAUAAAUGCAACUCCAGGGAACUUUUAUGGGAGGCUCUUUCCUAAUAAUUACAUCCAUUUCUUUUAUUCUUCAAAUAGUCUUCAUUGGCUCUCACAGGCUCCAGAAGAAUUGACAAACGGAGCUGAGCCACUAAACAAAGGUCAUAUUUAUUUAACAAACACAAGCCCUACAGUGGUGUAUAAAGCAUACUUUGAGCAAUUUCAAAAAGAUUUCAAACUAUUUCUUCAAUCACGUUCAGAAGAAUUGACACUUGAUGGAAGUAUGGUACUAUCAUUACUUGGAAGAAAAAAUUAUUUAUUUGAAAAAGGUGACGCUGGGCCCUUGUUUGACUUGGUACUGAAGGACAUGGUCUUAGAGGGGUUGAUUGAAAAGACAACAUUGGAUUGCUUUAACAUGCCUUUCUAUAUUCCAACUGUGGAGGAAGUCAAGCAAAUAAUCGAGGCAGAAGGAUCCUUUACCCUUGAAAGAUUGGAAAUUAUUCAAAUAUGUUUGAAUGAACACUUUUCAGAUGACAUAGAUAGCCAAGUGAGAAGAGAGAUCAUUACGAAGACAUUGAGAGCUGUCAAGGAACCUCUCUUUUCAGCUGCAUUCGGUGAAAAUAUCAUGGACGAAUUAUUCUCAAGAUUUGCAAAAAAGAUUUCACUCAUUGAGUUUGAGUACACAACUUUAAUCAUGUCCAUGACAAAGGCUACAUGAAGAAGGGGAACAAAUAAUGUAUACUUGAAAUAUUAAGUUAUCCAUUAUGUCUUGAGAUUAAAAUUGAAGUUGGCCUUCUCUGGUCAAGUAGCAUUUGCCGCUGCAUAUUCCUCAGUUCAACUUGUGAGGGUCUACAUCAUCUACUAUGUGUUGUUAUUAAUCUACUAUGUGUUGUUAUUAAUUGUUUUCUUGCUUUUUUGUCAAAAAACAACCUGAUGUUGAAGUAGAUGUUGUGCCAUCUGCCCACGUGUAGCACAAGUCAUUAGUCCCUUACUUGGAGUGCUUAUGUGUGUCCUAGAAAAUCUUGUGAAGAUUUGUUUUAUGGUUACUUGCGGUUCAAGUAGUUGUACCGUGAUUGCAUUUAACGUGGGCUGAUUUAUUUGUUGAUACAAUCUUUGAUUGGGGAUUUAUUUCUAUUUUUUAAUGGUAGAUUGCUUUGUAACGCAACAAAAUCUUUAGAAGAUUGCGUUACUGGUUUAACAGAUUUGUUCCAGAUCUGUUUUGUGGACUCUAUUUUCGUGCAAGCCCAUUUAAG